AUGAAAAGGAAGAAACGACCGAGGUCUCAGGUGUCCGCCAAAGAGAAGAAGCAAAUCGACGAAGAUUCCUGGCGCGCAGCGUUGGAGGAUAUUUCGAUCAAUGACGAUAAUUGGUGGUGUAUCGCGACAAUGAUGGUCGAGACGGUCACCGAGCAUUCAAAGUGCGUGUCUCUGUUCAACAUUGCCGCCGAAGAGGGCACUCGAAAGGCCAUUUACUCUCUCAGUUAUCAGAAAAUGCUGUCCGCCGUGAGAGUGUUGUCAAAGCAUGACUUGAAUAAGUGUCCGACAGUUCAGGGCGUUUGUCAUUACGCGAGCAAGGUGUUGAGUGAGGACAAAGGCAUGCUGCCAACCUGGCUGAUAGCACGAAUCAUUAAGUUUUUGAUAUAUCGAGCCAAGGAAGACACUAUCGGCAUAGUGAAGAGGCUAGCUGACCUGGAACGUGAAGUAGACGAAGAGUAUCAGAUUAUGCAGACCGUAGCUGAUUGGGGACAACCGAGGUCUAAGGGGUUCGACGCAGAAAAAUUCAAUAACAAAGCGAACACAAGACUGCGAAAAUGCAACGAAGAGUGGCGGGAUGCGAUCUACGUGGACGAUGCGCCAUUGAAUGGGCCGAAUCUCUUCAUAAUUCUUUCUGGCUUUCACGAUCCGGAUCUGCCGGAGCAUUUAAUAAGUGCUGGGGUGCCAUUGUCGUUCAUACUUCCAAUCAAACGAUCGAACAAAGAGCUCGAUCGCCUAGCGCGGUACGAGACGGCGCGGAAAGAACCUUUAGAAAUCCGUAGUCUACUUCAUUUCGAAAGCUACGAGAGCAGUGGUUUUGACUUGUUCAAGUUCUGGUCGACGAUCGAAACACGGGUAAUGAAUCCACAAGUGUAUCCAGCUCUCUGCGACGUCGCGUUCGUCACUUUUCGUCCCCCAAAGUUGCCAAACGUUUACGACGACGACCAGUACGAGAGUCUUCGGAAGGACAUGUACGACAGAGUGUCGUAUUUUCUAUACGAUCUCUACGACCUUUAUCGACAGCAUACUAAUUAUUUGAAAGCCAUGAGGAUAGAGGAGAAUAUCGUCGAUCGUAGAGAGGAGAAGCAUGACACGAACGCUUACGAGACUUUUUUGGACGCUGUACCUCAGGAAUGCGUUUCCGUACCAGUGAUACUGUUUGCUAUGCUGGUGCAGAUCGAGGCGAGCGAGCAAGCCUCGAACGAGGAAUCUGUCGAUGAGAAAGGCGAUGCAAAUACUAUUAAGAGGACAAGCGCAGACGCGGAAACGAAACCUGAAAACACGAAGCAGUCGCUUGUUUCGUUCGUCGAGGAAAAAUUAAAGGCUCUUAACGUGAAAUUCGAUCUCGACGACGAACAUAAUGCCAACGAAAAGGAACCAACGGUAACCGACAUUGAAUUAAUUCUCCGCGAAGAUAUUCUGAACGAGACCAUCCGUCUUCUCGAUGACUCUGCAAACUUUCACGUCCCGAGUAGAUCCGACUUGAUCGACAACAUCCUGCUCGUCUUUUGGCAUCCAAAUAUCACGAGUUUACAUUCGGAACACGAAAUCUCGGAGACGAAGCUCGAAGAGUACUCUCGUCAUAUCGAUAAAACUCGAUGCUACUUCGACGUUAAGAUGAGCAACGAAGAAGUCGGACACUAUUUGCAUAUCCUAAUGUUCGACAAGAUGAUAUUCGGGAAGCCUCGACGACAAAACGAUACGUCGAAAGACAGGAACGAAACAGGAACAGGGAACUCGAUGAAUUUCCAAAGUUCCUUGCACUCGAUGAAACUUAGCAAAUCGGCUCCCAGCCUGAGCUCGAAGUUCGAUCUGGAAAUAAAUUUUCACAGCGACGGUAACAUCGACUACGGCAAAUUUCUGCCAACGCUCGUCAAUUGUUCCCCCCUGUUCGAUCUGAUAGAUCCCAGAGAACUGUUAAUACCAGGCUAUUUGAAAGAGAACCUCUUCGACGCGAGAUGCAAGGACGGAUUGAAUCUCGACGAAUUCGACGACGUCGAGCCGUUAACGAAAUCCAUUUUUCUUCAGUCCCUUCAUCGGUGUCUACUUUCGUUCGACAAUUUGAAAAUUCGGUAUUUCGAGCCCACGGACUCCGUGUUGCUGUGCUUCGAAAACCAGUGGAAAGUUAAUGGGGUGGACGAGGAGGAAAGAAUUUCUAACAUUCGAACGCCUGUCCGACUUCGUGACUUUUGCGAAUACGUCGUGGCCGAGGAAGAGGAUUGGCUUAGACGGGAGGAAGAGAUCUACAGAUUGCAGACGAGCGAGUCGAUGGGAAGAUUGAUGAAGAAGGCCGUAGAGAUACACGACGAGACGUUGCUAUUCCGCGACGAAGACUUCAUUUUACCAUGGUCUCUCAAGGCUGGAGACCUUCAGAACGACGUACUUGUUACGGGGGAAAAACAGUCCGACGCGGGUACACGUUCUCCUUCCACCGAUGAAGAGACAACAGAACGUUCAAAGAAGGGUAAAGGGAAAAAAAGAAAGGCUACGAAAAAGGGAAAACAAAAAGGGAAGAAGCCCGCUGUUGACGAGGAGUCUACCUCGACCGCAAAAAAGAGCCCAUCCUUUCAUGACGGUGAAACGGCGGUGACUUAUGAGUUCAUAGGCUAUGACCUCGGCAAACAACGCGUACAUGUAACCAAUCGUAAGAAAACCUUCUUCUCGGACGAUGGUACUCUGGUAAGGGUAGAGGUGGACGACUGGCUAUACAAAAAUAAGGAUUUACGCAUCACGGUUACCCUUCGAGGCUACAGUUUACGAUUGUACCACGGAAUUGAUGUCCCAGAGUCUUCUACGGCGUUUCAUUUAACGAGUUCAAGGGGAAUCAUCCUUGCCUUCCAGAAACUCCUCAAGUCAGAAGAUACAACGAAGGAUCCCUUCAAGAACUAUUGGUCGGACAGCAGUAUCGAGUUUCGUGCUUCUUGGCCGACAGGAUUAUUGAUAGAACCGAUCAUCGGCGACAGUAAAGAGAAUCCGUUUUACAUUCGUCAAUCGUACAUUCCAAAGGGUUGUAACAGCACCAACGGGGUCAGCGAAGUUUGUCGAAAGUUUCUGAGAAAUGGAACCGUUUUGAAGUACCUCGACAACGGCAAGAUUAUCGUUCUUCGCCCUAACGGAGAUAUCGUGACUUGCAUAACUUUUGAGAAGCUUCGUGUAAACGAAGACGAGAAGACCGUCGAAGAAACCUACUUUGCGAAAGGCGACAGACCAAGCAGAGGAUCGAAGCUUCCGUCUAAAAGUAAAAGGAAACCGACGAGGUCCUCGAAGUCUCAAUUGCCUGGAGUGGUCGAGCAAAAUCCUGGGCUCGCACAGCAGGAUUCAACGACGGUGAAUCAAGUGACCGUUAAAUUUCGUUUUGACCGUGGCACCAGAAUGAUCUGA